AAAUGGUUAUUUGAAUUUUUUAGAGAUGCGAGGAGAACCAUAGACAUGAAGGAAGAAUAAAGCCAGUCUGACUACACGAACCACUCGUGUCUGAUUUGUGAUGCGGAAUGAAAGGACUCGCUUCGUUAGAUAUGUUCACUGUUUAUAAUCAUAUUUGGAACGUAACAUUCAUUGCCAGGAUGACAUAACGGUGACUGUUGCUGUGCAUUUGGGUGCGAAAAAACAGAUCUUCAAGUGUAACUCGCUUCUGCAGAAUGAUUCGUGGGGCCUUUUUUAUCUUGGCAACGUUUGCUCUGUUCAAUUUUGGGCUGUCUGUAGAAUGCUCGAAUAAGAGUAAUAUAACAGAAUGGUCUCUGUACAUAGUUUGCUGGAGCAGGUCUCAACUAUCACAUGACAAUUGUCAGUGGGAUGUUGUUGAAAUAACGGCCAAUGCUCGUGUACAGUCUCUUAAGACAUCGCCAUCUCCUGGUCAAUUGAACUGUCCUGGAAAAUUCUCACUCCCGUUGUCUACUGGAGAGUAUAGCUACCGCCUCCUUUUUCUUCCUUCAGAGACCUGGCACUUCGUCCUUAACUUACGAGUUGAAGACCCAGGGGAACUAACCGUAAAGAACUGCGCGCAUGAGGUCAGUGAAGGGGACAAUGUAACUUGUCUAUGUUCAACAAAACGAGAAGGCAACCCCCCACCAGUCAUAUCCUGGGCAGGAGAGACAUCUUCUACUCUACAUCUGUAUAAAGUCAGAGGUGAACACAGCAAGACGUACACGUGUGAGAUGAUGUGGGGGAAACAAACAAAAACAGUCUCCUACAGUCUUCUAGUAAGAGUGAGCGAUGAAAAGGAUGAACAAGACGAGACUUCUUCCACGUCGGUCAACCUCAUUGUACUAACAUCAGCUACUGCGGCUGCUGUGCUGGUCAUCAUUAUAGUGGUCACAGUUAUUGUGACUGUCAUCAUUCGUGCAAAAAAAAGAAGAGAAACACCGCAGAGGGGUAAGAACGAGGCCCAAGGUCUACAAUCACAACGUCCUUGGUCAGAUUCAGGUCAUGGUGAGGAUGAACUCGUCGAAAACCGAUAUUACGGAGGUUUUCAGAUCGACAGAAGAAGAGAUUUAAAUAACGGAGGCAAUGACUAUGUGGAAAUGGGGGAUGUAAUAUCAACUGAGCUUGACCUCUAUGCAGGAAUAGAGGAAAACAAUGAGAGACAGACUACAGAACCUGUUCGUUGUGCAAAGGCAAACAAAGGGAGACAACCAAUACAGCCUGAGCUGUACGCAACUGUAGUGAAGUUCAGUGGAAAAGAACAAGCCACGAAAGACAACUCUAAACUGCAUGAGAAGAAGGAUUUUUCCAACGAGGGAGACGUAUACGCCAUGGUGGACAAGGGAGCUAAACCUAAAAGACAUCUUGUGUCUGCUCCCGUUGAAGAAUUGUACGCUCAGGUGGUGAAGUCACCCAAAUAGUUAACACCACCACCAGUUUCAAUGAAUUUUUUUAAAAAAAAAGGAAACCAAUACCCGUAUCUUGAAUAAAGUCAUUUACAUAGUGGAUACCAUCGCCCCUAUAUUGAAUACACACUUACAAAAAGGGUAUAAUCAUCCAAAUAAUUUAAGAACGAGAGAAAAAAUGUUUAAUUGUAAAAAAGAAAUGAAAAUGAACUACACUCAAAUAAUUGUAAAACUAGUUAUUAUGCUCAAUUACAACGAUUAAAAUGUUGAAUAUACAGAGCAUAAAAGAGUUUGUAAAGAUAUUUUAAGAUCCUCAGAAUUUUACAUUACCCGCUGUGAAUAAAUUUUCUUUCCGUUGGGUGGUAUAGUAAGCUUAGACUUAAAGAGACACCUGGAGGAGAAGAUGCGAGGUGGGUAUUAGUAUAACUCAGUGCUUCUAUAAAACUGUUAAUGCGUCCUCUUCUGAAUUUUCAGUUAAAAGAAAUGAAAAUAGUGGGGUUCAUUUAAAGAGUAUGAAAGGUACUUUGGGAGACAGCAUGUUGUCCCAAGAAACACCCAGUGGUUAGAAAAAAAUGCAUCCCAAAGAUCUUUAAAGUUGAGAUUGCUUUUUAACUGCAAAUGUAGUCAUAAAAAGAAACAAUGAGAAGCUAAUGAACAGAUGCCAUGUCAAAGGAACAUUUACAGAUAUUUUCUUACUUUAACUAGUAUUCAUAUAACAGUGUUAUGUACCUUAGAAUUAUUUAAUUAUGGAGUCCCCCGCCCCCCUUUCAUAAUUUGUAUUCGUUAUGUUUUGCAUAAGAUUUAAUACCAACAGCUAAUCUUGUAAAUUUUGUCUUUUGCACGUUUUAAAAUGCUUAUUUUUUAUUCCUUAUAUUAACAAAUAAUUCGUUUACAAUGAAUGUGUGAAGGAAAUUUGAAAAUGCUUAUGUUCAUCACUUACGCAUAACGAUUGCUGAAUUGUUUCAGUUUAUAAAGUUUACAUUGUAGUUAAAAUUACUUUUUUGCCUUCUCAACAAAACGAUCUCAACCGAAAAGACAUUUUAGUGUUUUGGUGGUUUAUUACUAUUUGGAUUGUAAUAUUUAUUUUGAAGUGAUGAAGCUUAAAUAAAUUUGUUUGUAUAUUUCUGUCUUAAUCUGUCCACAGCAUUGGCACAAAGUUUGCACAGCCAGAUGUGAUUAUUCCCCCUGUCUGUACAUUUCAUUGCCCUCUAUGUUAAAAUAAAUUUGUCAAAUGUCGCCUACAGCGCCUGGCAAAACGUUGAAUGUUAUAAAAUGGAAGUUAAAUAUAAUAAACAUG